ACUACAUAACUAACUUCCAGUAGUCCCAAGAGCACCUGAUCUGAUCUUAAAUCUUUUGGGGUAAAAUAAAAUAAAAUCGGUUGUGAAAUCCUAGUUAAAACCCUAAUCUUGAAUCAUCAGGGGUUUACUUCGAGUGGCUCUGAGUUAACUCACCGGCUCAGGAUAGAUGUACGGAUCCGACGGAGCCGCUGACAAUGCGGAACGGACCGCUUUCAGGAAAGCAGAGAAGAAAUACAAGCUUUACUACGUGGAGCAUUCCAAAUCCUCCAAAAAGAAGAAGCAACCUAAGCAAGUCGAUUUAUCAGAGGUUUUGGAUCCGAAAUCCAUUUCAGAGUCCUACAAUCAGAAAGGUGAACUUCCUCCAGGAAUUGUAGCUGUCAAUUGUGGAUUUAAUCGUCCAGUUUUUCGCUUGGAAGAUCGCCCUGGGUUCUAUUUUAUUCCCGGGGCAUUGACCGUGGAGGAACAAUGUCGAUGGAUAAGGGAAAGUUUAAGGAACUUUCCGCAGCCUCCCAACAGAACAAAUCAUAAUGCCAUUUAUGGGCCAAUAAGGAACCUGUUCGUUGCGGCAAAGGAAGGUAAACUACUUGUUGAGGAGGAAGGAUCGGACAAUUGUUUCGAUUCUGAAUCAAGUGCUUCCGUCAGCAAUGGGGAUGCUCAUAGGUGGAAAUUUUACGAGGAAGACAUUGCUCGAUCUAGGGCAAAGAGUUGCAAAUCAGUUUCUGCUUCUGUUUUGCUGCGAAAGUUACGGUGGAGUACCCUUGGCCUACAAUUUGACUGGUCCAAGCGGAACUAUGAUGUGUCUCUACCACAUAACAAAAUUCCUGAUGCACUCUGUCAGCUAGCUAAAAGAAUGGCUGAGCCUGCAAUGCCUAUUGGAGAAGAAUUCCGGCCCGAAGCUGCAAUUGUCAACUAUUUUGGGUUAGGCGAUGCACUUGGUGGUCACCUGGAUGACAUGGAAGCAGAUUGGAGUAAACCUAUUGUAAGCAUGAGUUUGGGCUGCAAAGCUAUUUUCCUUCUGGGAGGAAAGUCUAGACAGGAUGAACCGUUAGCUAUGUUUCUCCGAAGUGGCGAUGUUGUACUCAUGGCAGGAGAGGCAAGGGAAUGCUUUCAUGGUGUGCCUCGCAUAUUCACAGAUGAAGAAAAUGCUGAAAUCACUCCACUUGAAUUGCAGUUUUUGCAUAUUGAUGAUCAUUGUUAUUUAGAAUACAUAAGAACUUCAAGGAUCAACAUCAAUAUCAGACAAGUCUUUUAAUUUUGUUUUAAGCUAGAUAAGAAAAAGAAAGAUUUUUUUGGAUUA